AUGGAUACGCAGGUGAUUGUGUGGAAUUUGUUACCUCUCCUUGUUCUUCUCUUCGCGUUCUACUUCUUCUUUCUUCGCAGAUCUAGCAUGGCCGAAAAAUCCUCCAAAUCCAUAUAUGAUUUCACUGUCAAGAAUAUCAGUGGAAAUGAUGUGAGUCUGAGUGAAUACAGUGGGAAGGUUCUACUUGUUGUCAAUGUUGCUUCACAAUGUGGUUUGACACAAACAAAUUACAAAGAGUUGAAUGAGUUAUAUGAGAAGCACAAGAAUAACGGCUUUGAAAUCUUGGCAUUUCCGUGCAACCAGUUUCGUUCACAGGAACCAGGAUCCAGUGAAGAAAUUCAGAAUGUUGUCUGCACAAAGUUCAAAGCUGAAUUUCCAAUUUUCGAAAAGGUUGAAGUUAAUGGAAAGAAUGCAGACCCUCUUUACAAGUUUUUGAAGGAUCAGAAAGGUGGAAUAUUUGGAGAUGGCAUUAAGUGGAACUUCACCAAAUUCUUGGUAAACAAAGAAGGGAAGGUUGUCGAGAGAUAUGCUCCUACCACUUCUCCUCUCAAAAUUGAGAAGGACAUCGCGAAACUUUUAAAGUCUUGA